CAGCGGCUAAGCAUUCCUACUGAAUAUGCUCCUUUUGAGUGAUGGAUAUGAUAAUUAUUGCACUAUUUGUCUAAUGAUUAGAUAGAAGAAAACAAAUGUUAUAGUUUUGCAAAAUUUUGUAAAGUAGAAUACAACACACUUGGUACGGACAUUCACCCACUAAUCGCUGUCCUUUGCACUAAUUCAAGUAACACUUGUUGUAUUGCAUCAUGUAUGUCAGGUUGUACUUUACUGGACUAAUAUUUUAUAUUUUAUCCUGGGCAAAAUAGAAAAUAAAACUUCAUGAAUUACAUAGCUACAUGUGUUGUGUCACUGAUAAGGGGAGUGCAAGUCAUCUCAGUGAGGAGAGACAGGACUGCCCUUGACACUCAGUGCUGUAGAAACCACGACACGAUGGCCUCUCCUACGGGACGACUCUCGGGAAAACGCUGCUUGGUGACAGCCGCCGCCCAGGGCAUCGGACGGGCCACGGUGGAGGCCUUCCUGAGGGAGGACGCCGCGCUGGUGGUAGCUGUCGACAUCAACGCUGAGAAGCUGAAAGAGCUCACCUCCGACCGUGUGGUGCGGCGCGUGCUGGACGUGAGGGACGGUGAGGGCAUCAAGGCCUUGGCCCGGGACCAUCCUGAUAUCAACGUUCUAUUCAAUUGUGCCGGCAUCGUAAACCAGAGCCCGCUGCUGGAGACCACCGAUCAGGAAUGGGACAAUUCCUUUGAUGUCAACGUGAAGAGCAUGUUCCUCUUCUGCAGAGAGUUCCUUCCCAAGAUGAUCAGUCUCGGCGAGGGCUCAAUCAUCAACAUGGCUUCUGUCGCCAGUUCGCUGCGGGCAGUAAACAGUCGAUGUGUUUACGGUGCUACCAAGGCGGCUAUCAUUGGGCUGACCAAGGGACUGGCCAUGGAGCACGUGCGCGAUGGAAUCAGGUGCAACGUGGUGUGCCCAUCCCCCAUAGCCGGCCCCAACAACAGACCGGAACACAUCGCCUUCAUGGGGAAGAGAAUUGGCCGUCUGGCAAAGCCGGAGGAAGUUGCCAACCUGUGUCUUUACCUGGCUUCCGAUGAGUCUUCCUACCACACUGGGAACGUGUUUGUUAUUGAUGGAGGCUUCACUCUAUGAUUCGUUCCUCGUUGCACCAAGGUUUUCGCCCUAAAGAUUCAUUGCGUAUCUCCCUCAUUCCUGUGGUUGCUGGGAUGCCAGUAACUUCACCAGUACUCUCUUACUAAUAGCAAUACUAAAUCUUUAGAUAUCUUAUCUGGUUUUGUUAUUGAUUAUUAAAAACUGAAAAAGGAAGCA